AUCUGUACACGUCAUCCUGGCAGUGCAUGUCUCCUACGGCUUGGCCCACUUUGUUCAUCUGAAAUCGAUGACACCUUUCGAGCUGCCUGUUCGUACUACUGGUUGCAGCUCUACGUCAAUCAAAGUCUGCUAUGAAUGCACGCGAGAGUUGACAGAUACCGCGGACCUUCCGCAAGUUCCGCAACUCUUCAGCUUUCGUGUGGACUGUCGAGGUGCCAAGGGAGACUUCCAAAACAUAACGCUGUUUGAUUCCAGCCUGGUCUGUGCUCACCUGACCUACCGGAAGUAUGGCAACAGCUCGGUGAGGAAUCCCACCUCUCAAUGGCUUCCCUUGAUUUCUGAUCGCAUCGUGACUGUGGAGAAGGGGGACGUCUUGGACUUUCAGUGCGUGUUCCGGAAGCGCUUAAAAAUUUACCACGGCCUGGGACCGGAACGACCGGAACGACUGCACUCCAGCUCUCGCGAAAACGCGCUGGGGGAGGACUAUUUCACCCCGAGCUUCGGUAUGGUUUUGGACGGAGGGGACGGGCGCCAGAUGAUCUUCACGCCGCUCAUUGUUAAACUGUUCUACCUCCCAGGGGACAGGAAGCCUUGCAUCGAAUCCUUGGCCGAGGCGUAUAAGUGGAAAAUGAAGGUGUCCAAGUCGAAGGGACUGACCUAUUGGGUCAGCUAUGCCAGUCCAGUGUUGCAGCCACAGAUCCUGCCCGAGGUGGAAUUUUCGUCUGAACUUCGAGGGGAGCUCUACAGACUGGACAAAGAUCUCUUGCAUUUGACGGUGAUGGAAGCCACCAGUUACAACUCUUGGAAGAAGCCUCAGGAUACCCAGAAGGAGUUGGUGGAGCUAGAUGACAACUUUUAUGGCGAUGGUGCAGAAAACGACUACAGCUUUUCGGUGGACUUCAAGUUGCGAGUGAAUCCCGACUUGCUUCGGAGUGAUACCAAAGAUGUGGUGGUCAGAUUGAGAGUGGGACCCCUGGGAGCCUGGCUUCGUGAAAAGCCUAGCUACUUCAAUGUGACCCUUCCUACAAAUCGAGAUGAAAAUUCAUCAAGCUGGUGGCUUUGGUUGACGCUUAUUCUGUUGCUCUUGAUAUUUCUGGCUGCCAUGGCAUAUGUUUUCCGGGAGCAACUCUUCAUGUCAGAGGCGUUUCAGCUUCUUUGGCGGCGGGCUGCCGGGCUUCCUAGUGACCAGACCGGCCUGCCUGAUUGCCCCACGGAGUUGAUUGAAGGGACAACUUACAGGCCGUAUGGCCGUGCCUAUGGUAAGUUCUGCAUCAGGGGUGUCGGAAAGAUUUCGGCUGUGCUCAGCUUCAAGAG